CUGCAGCCGUCCCAGUUGCUGUUUCUACCCGGACCUAUUUCUGGAUUCCACCGUCGGGGGUGGGGGCGUGGCAAAGCGUUAAAUGAGGAUCGCUUGCUUCUACUUCCGGGUUGGGCGAGAAAGUCAGAACGGCUUUGAAAGAGGGCGGGAAACGGCAGACGAGAUGGAGGCGCUGCCGCCGGCUGCGGCGGCGGCGGCUUGUCCUCCGCAGCCGCGUCAGGAGCCCCGAGUGCAGUGCCUUUCGCGCCGAUGGACGGGCGAGUUGCUGGAUCACUGCAGACCUUUAGUGCGCAGACUCGGAGCCGAUCAGGCUGUGGAGUCCGAGAACUUGGAACAGGCUGUAGGGGAAGCGCUUUGGAACUUUGAAAGAGCUGUACAAGAGAAUAUCACUGUUAAUGGGCUGCCAUGGCAGGAAUCAUCAGAUCUUCAAAAUGACACAGACAUUAAACUCCUUGAAGACCAGCUUGAUGAAUUAAUUGUGGAAGUGGCUUCCAAGCGUAAUCAAUAUCCUAGAAAAAUACAAAUAAAUGUUGUUAAAGGCAUUAAAAUGCAACAAAAAUUGUUGGGCUGUCAACCUUUUCUGAAUUGUCAAGACAUAAAAGUGGAACCUUCUCAAGAUCAGUCUAUGGUAGAACUGAGACUUUCAACAAAAACUAUGUCUAGACAUACUGGAGAAUCAUUUAAGUCCCUGUCAUCCCUUGUGGAAAAAGCAGAAGGCUUCUCAAAAGCAUUGUCUUUACAACAAACUUUGGAACAGUGCAGACUCCAUCAAGAAAUAAUGUUUGUUUCUGAAGUUAAAAAAGAGAAUAAAAACGAUGUCAAAAACCUUGCAUCCCAAGUGGAAGUCAUACCUUCACAAACUGCUAUCAGUAAUUCUGUUCUACUUAAAAUAAAGAGAUCAUCAUGUUCUCCACAGACACGCUACCCACUCCGACAAAGAAAACUUAGUCAUGAUACAUGAACACUUUUUGAAGAGAUCAUUACAUAGCCAUUCAGUUUUUCUGUUUUUUUUUCUUUUUUCUUUUUUUUGUUUAUAUAUCAUCCUUAGUGAUCCCCUGGAAUCCAUAUAACCAAACAAAUUUUGUUUGAUAGUGAUGGAGUUGGAUACCUUUAUAUAGCUAAUCUGUAAAAUACUUAAGUAUAUUAUUAAAUCUGAACAUUUUUCUUUGAAACUAAAUUUGCCUACAGUAUAUUACAGCUGAAUGAUCUUCUGCAAGGACUGACUUGUUUAUGAAUGCUUUAAGGCUUAAUUGCUUUAAUGGUGAUUUCUUCAAACAUUAGGUAAGAGCAUUAUCUAUGCUCUUGAUCCAUGAAGUUGUACAUUUUCUUAGCAAAGAUUCUUGCUGAGUGGAACUUUAAAAGAACCUUGAGCAGAGCAUCCGCAACUGGAGUUUCAGAGAAGAACUGAAAUCCUUUAGAUGCAUAUAGAGGGGUAUCUAGUUCCCUGUAACUGUUUAUGGAUUUCUAGAUCAGUAUAAUUUUUAAAUGAGCUCAACUUCUAUAUAUGUUCAUUGGAGCUAUAGGCUGGGGUUAAAGAUUAUAAAGUAUUUAGCUGCAGCUUGUGACUUCACUAUAGUCUAAAAACUAAUGAGGAAAAAGUGUUUGGUGCUAAUAUACAGGUAGUCAUUGACUUAAAACAGUUCAUUUAGUGACCGUUCAAAGUUACAACGGCACUGACAAUGACUUGUGACUCUUUUUCACAUGACUGUUGCUCACAUGAUCAAAAUUUGGUUGCUUGGCAACUGAUUCACAUUUAUGACAGUUGCAGUGUUCCAGGGUCACCUUUUGUGACCUUCAGACAAGCAAAGUCAAUGGGGAAGCCAGAUUCAUUUAACAACGUUACUAACUUAUAUCUGCAAUAAUACACUUAACACCUGGGAAGAAAGGUUGUAAUAUAGGGCAAACUCAGUUAAUAAAUGUCUCACUUAGCAACAAAUUUUGGAUUCAGUUGUGGUCAUAAGUCAAGGACUACCCGUACUUGCUCUUUCCCUUUUCCCUGAGCCAUGACAAGUCUUCUGGUAAUUUGAUUUGGGGGGCAGGGAUUACAAUGUAUUUCCACAUCACCAUUUAGUAAAUAUUAAAGUUGCAAAGAAAUACCAAGUUUUGUGCUCUCAAGAAACUAUCAGUGUCAAUGUUUUUAUUUUCCUUAUUUCCAUGGCAUGCAAAUUAAAAGAGGGCUGAUUGAGUUGGCCUUCUGUCUACACCUCAGGAAGAUAUAGUAAUUGUAAGAUUACUAAUCUAUAUAUUACUUAAAAACCACUUUGCCCAUAUUCUUGUGUAAAGUAAAAAUAUUUUUGUAAUAGUUAAUCUUUGAAUAUUUAGAUAUCCUUUUUCUAAGUCAAAUGAGAUUGUAAUUUGAAUUGCAUACAGUAAGCAAGCAAUGUGAUAGAUUCUGAUAGGCUUGCUUAAGUAAUAUAUAUUCAAGGAGAGCUAGACAGAAGCAAUUCUGGACUGGGAAUUACUGGAGUUGUGUUGUAAAUUACCAGUAUUUUCCCUUAAUUUUUUAAAAAACUCAGUUCCUCCAGGAUUUCUGAACUCCAAAUGCCUUUUCAUUUUAUAAUUGUGAUCUAUAAAAUUUUCAAAAUCAACAUUAUACCAUUUUCUCUUUUUUAUUAAAUUUACUGCAAAUAAAUUGUUUCUGAAAGAUGAGAACAGGAUAGUGUUUAAGGUACCAGACUAGAAACCUAGAAGACUGAAUUCUAAUCUUACUUUAGCUGUUAAAGCCAGCUUGGUAACUUUGGGCCUCUCUCUCAGCUUUUGAUAGUUUUUUUGACAGCUCAGGUGAGAAGCCAUUCAGUCAAUUCCUGUUACAGCCAAUGGAUCAACACUUAGUUGACAGCCUUCCCCCCAAGACAGUGUUCUAAAUCGGCAGGAGUUUCCCAUCUACCCCUGCUGACAGACAGCUGGUUUCACAGCCAAAGCUGGCUCUUUGGCAGCUCGCUUCCCAGAUUCGAAUGGGAACUGCUAGGAAUGGCCCAAGAUGACCUUUUUUUUUUUUUAAUUUGCAUUUAUAUCCCGCCCUUCUCCAAAGAUUCAGGGCGGCUUACACUAUGUUAAGCAAUAGUCUUCAUCCAUUUGUAUAUUAUAUACAAAGUCAACUUAUUGCCCCCAACAAUCUGGGUCCUCAUUUUACCUACCUUAUAAAGGAUGGAAGGCUGAGUCAACCUUGGGCCUGGUGGGACUUGAACCUGCAGUAAUUGCAAGCAGCUGUGUUAAUAACAGACUGUCUUAGCAGUCUGAGCCACCAGAGGCCCUUCAGAUGACUGGACCUAGAAGGUUGCAAUUUUCAGUGUGAGAAGUUGGAGGGCUAGGCUGCCUUUCCUUCCAGCUGCCAGUUGUCUUAAGAACACCUGGGUUUUAAAAGCACGUUUUGAUAUUUUCUUUUGAGUUUUACUUUUAAAUGUUAAUCGACUGGUUGAAUGCUGAUCUAAUUUAAACCCCUGCUGGCUUUUAAAAUGUUUUUUUUAAUUUUCUUUUUAUUGUUUUAUUAGUUAUUGUAAAUCACUUCCGCUUCCUCCACAGCAGACUCUGGAUAGUGAAAAAAGAUCUGAUUUGAUUUACGUUUGUAUCAAACUUUCACUGUAGGGAUUUCAUACUUUUGUAAUUUUUUAAAAAGGUCUGCUCUUACAUUUUUAAUUUUUUUUAAUGAAAAUCUCUUUUUUAUGUUGGGGAAGUUCUUUUCUAUGCUUUUUCAAGGCUAAUUUGCUAUGGUGCUUUUCUUGUCUUUGAAAAGAGCUUUUUAUAAGCUGUAAAAGUUCAGCUGCAAAAGUUCAACUACUGAAGUAUCCUGGACUAUAUCAAAAUAUAGUCAAAAUGCAAACAAUAUAUCAAGAGAAGGCUUUUGGGGAAAAUUGGGGGGAAAAUACUUUUCAACUUACAAACCCAAUUUGAAUAUUUGGAUAAAAAGUUUGAUAAAGUAAGAGUGAUUUUCAACCAUCUCAAAGAAGAUAAUCAAAUGCAGGUAACAGCAGUUGCAACCAGAUGGAUUUGAAUGUAAUUUGCUGCCAGCAGACCUGAUUCGGAAAAUGCAAGUUGGUUAGAGGUAUGGAUUUGAAAGACAAAGUGGAUAGAAUUGUUCAGGGAUGAACUCAAUUUUCUCAAGAAGAUUGGUGGAGAUUGGAGAAUGGAUUUAUUCUAUUCAAUCGGAAAACAAAUGUUAAAAGAUGCUGAAUUACAACUUACAGGAGACUCCGAACAGCAAAUGCUGUGGAGAUACACACAACAAAGACAUGACUUUGGAGAAUAAAAUCCAACUUUUAGGAAAGAUCCCUAUUAAUAACUUAAGGAAAAAUGUUACUAUUAAGAAUCAAUCAAGGUUAUUUGAUCCUGGCAGACCAGAGAUUAUUGUAAUUUAUGGUAGGUCAUAAGUCAUGGACUUUCUGCUGGACCUUUAAGUCAGGGUUUUGAAGUUUAAUUUAGCUGUUCGUUUUACCUGUUUAACUACUGGUAUGUUUCCACAUAGUAAAUACAUGUCAG